GAACUCGGCCGCCUCGAGGUUGGCACGGAAAGUGCGGUAGACCGCGGCAAGUCAACCAAGUCGUUCUUGAUGUCAUUUUUCGAGGCUGACAACCAUCACAGUGUGGAAGGGCUCGACACUUUUAAUGCGUGCUAUGGUGGGACAAAUGCCUUAUUCAGUACCACGAACUGGGUUUACGGCCAGGCGCAAAACGGUCAUCAUGGAAUCGUGGUCUGUUCCGACCCA